GGCAGAAAAAAGGAAAACUGAGGAAACCAAUAAGCAAGAUCGACACUUUAAGACACGAGCAAAAGCUCAAACAUUCAACUCCAACCAGCAAUACGAGAAAGACACGAAGAGCAAUUCAAGAUUUUGGUUUUAUCAUAGAAGCUCAAUAGUCAAUACACAUACGGAGUUCGGAACAAAAGUUUUCAGUGAAGACUUCAGAUGAUUUUGAUUCAAAAUUGAGGGCUUUUUUUUUGUGUGAAGUGAUGAGAUUUGGCUUUGCACUGAAAGGGAAAAGCUUAAAUUCAAAUCAGUUUGCAUCUGGAAAGUGUUAUUAGAUUGUUUUUUUUUUUUGGUCUGAAAGGGCAAUAGAAGCUGAGAGUGAAUAGUCAUGCAGCGUUCUCAAGAUGAGAGGAUUAAUCUUGGUGAACUGAAAGGUCAUAUAGUGAAGAAGAUUGGUGUUGAAAGAUCCAAAAGGUAUUUUUAUCACCUAAGUAGGUUUCUGAGCCAGAAGCUGACCAAGAGCGAGUUUGAUAAAACAUGUUCCAGGCUGUUAGGGAGGGAGAAUCUCUCUCUACACAACCGGUUGAUACGUUCCAUCUUGAGAAACGCAACCGUCUCCUCCAAGUCCCCACUGCCUGCUCAUCUGACCACCAAACCUGUGGCAAAUGGUCCAGAACAAAGGGAAUCUUUAGCUCCUAACCAUAGUGACCAUGUUUGCUCCAACGGGGUAAGGUCAGGAGUGCGCAAGAGGAAGAUGAGAGAUAGUCCAGUAGAACAGCCAGCUUGUAGAUUAGGUGGUGCUGCUGAUGAAAUAGACGGUGAGUUUCUUCGUCCCGUUGCGAAACCGAGAAUACCACUAUGUAAAGAACAAGAGGAGCAGGUGAGGGUAGCUUUAUCAGCUAGUCCUCUGGUUGCACCUAUAGGGAUUCAGUUUUGUUCAGCUGGUGGGUCCCGUAGAAGAAGGGUUCCUGUCUCAACCAGCGCUGACGCAAUGAGUAGCUACGAGAGUGGUGGGUUAGCAGAGACAGAGGUGCUGAGGAAAAGGAUGGAGAGUAUUGCAGUAGCGCAGGGUCUUGAAGGGGUUUCUACGGAGUGCGCUAAUACGUUGAAUGCUAUGUUGGAUGUUUAUCUGAAGAAGCUGAUCAGAUCGUGCGUUGAUUUGGUCGGAGGUCGGUCCACAGAUGGAAGAGGACAAGGCUUAUUCAAGAAGCAGCAAAGUCAGAAGAGUGUGCAAAUACAAACUCCUGUGAGAAGACAAGAUGAGCAGCAUUCUGCUGUGACUCUGCUUGAUUUUAGGACCGCCAUGGAGUUGAAUCCACACCAGCUUGGCGAAAACUGGCCAACACUAGUGGAGAGAAUCUCCAUACAGGUCUUUCGAGAGGAACACUGACUUCUGAGGUGUGAAAGAAAUCAUCAGUUAUGAGUUUAAUAUGAUAUCAGAGCAGGUUAGUAGAUUUAUUAUUCGGAAAUGCAACUAAUUAUCCUUCCUAAAGAAUCUGUAAAAAGAAAGGUACGUGUUGUUAGUUGUCAUGUUGUAAGAUUUAGCAAUCUCAAAGAGCUUUGUUGUGUAUACUACUACUAGUGAGUUUUGGCAAAAGAGAUACUGAGAGUAGGGUACAAAGUCAAAUCAUGUAAUAGCUCUUCUGCCAUUUUUUCUUAGUCUUUUAGCAUUUGUUUAGAAUUCAUUAUCUUCAAAAAUAACAAUUUUUGAUAUCCCUUUUUUUGUUUGUUCUCUCAUCUCAAUGGAAAUUUCGUUUUGAUUCAAAAGUCCGCAAUGAAUUUGACUCCGUUGUCCUUGUAUCCCCUGUCUAUUGCAAGUUUUUAUAUGUCGAACAUAAGCUUUUAUUCGACAAGUUGUAGCCUGAGGAUGUCAUCAUUGCUAGAAGAAUUUAGCCAACAGUAGUCAUCUUCUGGCAAGGCUCACUCGUUGGAAGGAAACUUGCUACAAUGCAUGUUUUGUCUACUGAAGCGGUCAACUGUAUCUGAUGAGUUAAGAUGGUAAAUAGGCGAAAAGACGGAAGAAAAAAUAAUCAGCACUUCUUAUAAAAUGAAGCACCAGGGUCUUCAUCUGCAUCCACUCUUGCACAUAAUAAUACAGUGUAUUUUGAUAUCUCAAGUGAGAGUGUUCAGAGUAAGCAGCAUGAAACUCUUUCCUCGUUGCUGAAACUUGAUGACAAUGCUUGAGCAUUCCCGGUUCAGUUGUCAUGUCAUAUAUCUUACAUUUAUCUCGGCCUUGCCUUUUGCAGACCAGGAACAUUCAUUGUCUUCUUUUUUCUUCAUUGUCUUUUUUCACUUGAUCACUUGAGCUCUCUGUUUCCCAUCGUCUCUCUUUACCCAUAUACCGUUUUCUCUUUUGCAGUUUGAGCAAACAUAAACUAAACAAACUGUUUUUUUUAA